UGGAACAAGAGGUGCUGUCAGCAGCUUAGAGGUUCACACGGGGGACUGGGGGAGCUCGGGGCGGGCCUGGGACUUCUCUCCUUUGGAACAGAAGAAUCCAGAAUCCCAGCCCCAGGAAUGGAGCUCCGGCCAUAUCAAUGGGAGGUGAUCCUUCCUGCCCUGGAGGGCAAGAACAUCAUCAUGUGGCUACCCACGGGCACGGGGAAGACCAGAGCCGCUGCUUAUGUGGCCAAGAGGCACCUGGGCAUGGUGGACAGGGCCAAAGUGGCCGUACUGGUCAACAAGGUGCACCUGGUGACGCAGCACAAGGAAGAAUUCAGCCAGAUGCUGGGUCCCAAGUGGAAUAUUGUCACAAUGAGUGGAGAUGGUGGGUUCCGGGCUGGCUUUGGAUACUUGGCCCGCAGCAAUGACCUUGUUAUUUGCACAGCUGAGCUGUUUCGUUUGGCCCUGAUCAGUACUGAGGAAGAGGAGCAUGUGGAUCUCAGUGCCUUCUCCCUCCUGAUAGUGGAUGAAUGUCACCAUACCCAAAAGGACUCUGUCUACAAUGUCAUUUUGAGCUAUUACCUGGAAAGAAAACUUCAGGGAUCCAGGAACCUGCCCCAAAUACUGGGUCUCACAGCUUCACCCGGAACUGGGGGAGCCUCCACCUUGGAGGGGGCCAAAAACCACAUCCUACAGCUCUGCGCCAACCUGGACAUCUGCCGCAUCAUGUCGCCCCAGAAGUACUAUGAGCAGCUGGAGGAGCUCAGCCCUCAGCCCUGCAAGCGCUAUGACCUGAGCCAAGAGCGGAACCCGGACCCAUUUGGAGACCUUCUGAAGAAGCUCAUGGAUAAAAUCCAGGACAAACUCGAGAUGCCAGAGCUGGGCCGGGACUUUGGGAGCCAGAGAUACGAGCAGCAGGUGGUAGAGCUGAGCAAGGCAGCUGCGGAGCAGGGCCGCCUCCAGCAGCGAGUGUUUGCCCUUCACCUGCGGAAGUACAACGACGCGCUGCUCAUCCAUGGCACUGUCCGGGCGGUGGAUGCCCUGACCUCGCUCGGGAGCUUCUACGCUGAGGAGCAAGUGACGAAGAUCGGAGUCCUCCCCGCUGAGGGCUGGCUGCUGCAGCUGUUUGAGGAGCACAAGGAGGCACUGGCUUUAUUGGCGAGUGAUACCCACUCUGAGAACCCCAAAUUGGAGGACCUGGAGCAGAUUCUGCAGGAGCAGUUCAGUGCCCUUGGGCCCUCCCGGGGCAUCGUAUUUACCCAGACCCGGCAGAGUGCUCACACUCUCCUCCUCUGGCUCCAGGAGCGGCCCACACUACGGCAGCUGGGCAUCAAGGCCCAGGUGCUGACCGGGGCAGGCCACAACAGCCAGAUCACCCACAUGACCCAGAGAGAGCAGCUGGAGGUGAUCCAGAGAUUCCGGGCUGGCACAGUGAACCUGCUGGUAGCCACCAGUGUGGCUGAGGAGGGGCUGGACAUCCCUCAGUGUAACGUGAUAGUGCGCUACGGCCUCCUAACUAAUGAAAUUUCAAUGAUGCAGGCACGGGGCAGAGCCCGGGCAAGCCAGAGUGUGUACUCGUUCGUGGCCAGCCAAGGGAGCCGGGAGCUGCGCCGGGAACAUACCAACGAGGGUCUGGAAGUCUUGAUGAAGAAGGCAGUGUCUGCGAUCCAGAGAAUGGAAGAAGCCGAGUACAAAGCCAAGAUUCUGACCCUGCAGCUGGAGGCUUUGACCCAGCGCAAGGUCCAGGCUGCCAAGAAGCUGGAUCAGAGAACUGAGUUCCAAGCAGACACAGUGAGGCUUCUUUGUACCAACUGUGCAGAGCCUGUGGGCUAUGGCAGUGACCUGCGGAAGGUGGAGGGGACACACCAUGUCAAUGUGAACCCCAACUUCAUCUUCUACUACAAGACUUCCCUCAAACCUGUAACCAUUGACCGGACCUUCAAAGACUGGCAACCUGGGGGUGCCAUCAGCUGCAAGAAAUGUGGAGAGGCCUGGGGUCUGGAGAUGAUCUAUAAGUCAGUAAAACUGCCCAUCCUGAAAAUCCGGAGCCUGGUGUUAGAGACCCCCCGGGGGCGGCGGAAGGUGAGUCAGUGGUCCAAGGUGCCCUUCCAGGUGGCUGACUUGGACUACCUCCGGGACUGUGACUUCCAGCUAACCAGCUGAAGAUGGCCCCAACUCACCAACCAUUGUCCAGCGAUCCUUUGACUUUACCCUCUGCCUCUUCGAGGAGGUGGGGAUUGGAGGGAGACCUGUGUCUAUCUGAACAGCCCUUCUUUAUCAACACAAACACUCCCCUCUCUUCUGGUAUUGUGUGUGAAUAAAUAACUUUUUCGUGGA